CCUUGUUUUUGGUUAAGAGUGUGUACAGCCUACCAUCUCUCGCCCACACUGCCCUGACCUUUGGGUGGCAACAUGCGGGCAGUGGGGCAGACGGGCUAUAUUCGGUUUGUCAUUGGCAUUCUGGUCACAGGCUGAGCAAUCCCAUGGGGCCUCGUUAAGGCGGAGACAACUCCCAUGCCCCUCUCCCUCUGUACUCACUCUCACACUGGCCGAAGUGAUGUGCGUGCUGCUUGGAGUCCUCUUCUCCCUCUCCUCCUCCUCCUCCUCCUCCUCUUCCUCCUCUUGGGAGCGUCUGCUGGGCAGCGGCAGUGGCGGUGCUGGCUGGGGUGCGGGUACAGGGGCAGACGGGUAGACGGGCAUUAGGCACGCAGAUGGCGUGACACGACUGGUACUAACAGGAGACACUCAAAGGUCAUGAUCCACCGACCCAAUGUGACGGUGCCGACCCACGCCAGGGGGGGCCAGAACCAGGAAGAGUGGCAGAGGUCCGAGUGCGUUCUGGGCUACAUCCCUGUCGUCUACUACAGCGUCCUCUUGUGUGUGGGAGUACCAGUGAACAUCCUGACUCUGGUGGCUUUGUCGCGGCUGGCCUCGCGCACCAAGAAGGCGCUCUACGUGUACCUUCUGGCGCUGACCAGUUCGGACAUCCUCUCACAGCUCUUCAUCAUCUUCGUGGGCUUUCUGCUGGAGACGGCCGUCUUCCACCGUGACAUGCCCGACCUCCUGCUCCACUCGGUCAGCAUACUGGAGUUCGCCGCCAAUCACGCAUCCAUCUGGGCUACCGUUCCGCUGACCGUUGACCGCUACGUGGCGCUCUGCCACCCGCUGCUCCACCGCCAGAUCAGCUACCCGGAGCGCGCGCGCCGCAUCAUCGCCGCAGUAAUGGCUCUGGCGCUGGCGUCCGGCGUGCCGUUCUUCUGGUGGUCGGACAUGUGGCGGGUGAGCCACCCGCCCACACAGCUGGACCGCGCGCUCAUCUGGACGCAUGUCACCAUCAUCUACUUCCUGCCGUGCAGCAUCUUCCUGGUGCUCAACUCCCUCAUCAUCCACCGCCUGCGGCGGCGGCAGCAGCUGUGCCACGAGGAGAACGGGGACGUGUCAUCGGCCGCCGCUGCGAUGCCUCCUCACCACCGCCGGCGCCUAGGCAAGACCACAGCCAUGCUGCUGGCCGUCACAUCUGUCUUCGCGGUGCUGUGGGCGCCUCGCACCGGCGUGGUCAUCUACCACCUCUACGUGUCCUCGGUGCACCGCGACUGGCGCGUCCACUUGGCCUACGACCUGGCGAACAUGCUGGCCAUGCUCAACACGGCGGUCAACUUCUUCCUCUACUGCUUCGUCAGCAAGCCCUUCCGCGCCGUCGUGCGCGACGUUCUGCUACUCCGGCACGGCGGGCCUGUCGCCGCCCGGCACGCCCUCCGCCACCAGCAGGCGCCCGUCAACGCCUCCACCUCCUCGCUCUCAAGCGCCAACAAACGCUCGCAGCGCAACUGCACCCCGUAUGUGCCGCGAGCGGACACCCAGGUCAUCUAACUCACUAGGGACCAAUCCAGAUCGAGACGGACAAAAGAAAAAGCCACAGUACAGUCCGCUGCCACUUGCUAGUUGCCAAUUAAUUAAACAUGUUUGGACGGGUUAUCAUAGAACUUGAUACCAAACGUGAUACCAAACACCAGACUCCUCACUUCAAACACUCCUUCAUAACCAACGUAACCGUGUCAAGUACAGCUGAAUGAGUCAUCAUGACUCUAGUGAUCUGACAGUGUUUUACCUAUUCAGUCAUUUUAAUGAGACCAUUGUCAAUGUCAUCACACAUUUUGAAAUGUCAUGACAGUUACUGUCAAUGAUAACAUUGUUAUAUCACUGGACACACUGCAAUUACAAUGAUAUGACACAAAAAUGUCUGUCAGAACAGCGGCACAGACUGACACUCUACCAACAGAAGGUAUGAUUGUUUUAAUUUUGUAUGUUACCAAUGUGUCGACACAUACAUAAAUGUUAUUUAUUGUCCUCCGAGGGGAUAUGAUGAGAAGAUACAGUAUUUAUUUUUUCACCAUGGAAAUUUGGUGUAAAUAAUUCUUUUUUUUUUGUGUCAUGAAUGGUGUUCAUUCAUUACUGAUGAUGUUAAGCAUUUUUUUUCUACCUGACACCUGGAUGUGACUUUGUUGGUGGUUUGUUAUUUCUAGUCAAAGAUGGGAAACCCGGCUUCAGAAAGUCUUGCCACAUUAUUUGUUCCGACCCUUCAGUAAAAAAAAGCUGAUUCUUAUUAACUCACCUCUUCAGACAGGUAAAUGAGCUAAGUGAAAUCACCUGUUUUAGGUGCACAGGUAAAACCAAUCCGUGAUAAGACGUUUACUUUCUGAAGCCAGGUUUCCCAUCUCUGUUUCCAGUCCUGUGUUGUCAUGUCUUUUUGGCAACUGCACACACUGGUAAGCACGUCUGGCAAUAUUAUCAUUGUCAUCGCCAUCUACUUCCAUGGACCACGUCACAGCACAGCACAUCACAUGAUCACUGACUCUCUGGCAUAGUUCCUACUGCAUUCUCCCAGCUUGCUGCCUGUGUUGUCAAGCACAGUCUAUUAAUGCAAGCCAAUAUAGUCAUCAUUUUCCAAUCAUUAAAAGACACAGUGCCAGUGA